AUAUUUGAAAAAAAACUUUAACAUUACUUGACCCCAGCAUCUAGUAUUAGAUAAUUUCUUUUUUGUUUAUGAAAUAUAUUGAUAAUCGACCUGGAGAACAAGUUACAAGAAACUAAAACUAUUUAAAUUAAAUAUUAAAGAUUUUUUACUUUUUAUAUUUGAAAAGUUUGUUAUCUACAUAAAUAAGUUUAGGGGGAAAAGAUAUACAUUUUUGAGCAAUUCUUUAUAUUCGAUAUGACUUGGAGAGCUAUCUUAACAACAUCAGCUGUUGUUGCUCCGAUAACUGCAGUGUCACUUGAUAUAUUUGGCUAUGUAGCAAAGGUAGAGGGUAUAUCUAUGCAACCGACUUUGAACCCUACAGGAGAAUCAGAUUAUAUAUUUUUGAAUAGAUGGGCAGUGAGAAAUUAUGAAUUUGCGAGAGGAGAUGUAGUUUCAUUAAUGUGUCCAAAUAAUCCGAAGCAGAAAAUUAUUAAAAGAAUAGUCGCACUUGAAGGGGAUACAGUUAAAACGAUAUCUUAUAAGAAUCGAAAAGUUAUUAUACCAAAAGGUCAUUGUUGGUUGGAAGGCGACAAUAGAAAUCAUAGUUUAGACAGUAAUUACUUUGGUCCAGUUGCUCUGGGUUUAAUUACUGCAAAGGCAAAGAGAAUUAUAUGGCCACCAACUAGAUGGAAGGAAAUUGAAUUUUCAAAUAGUAUUGGAUCCGAUCGUUUAAAAAUACCUUUUGCAAAUGAUGAUGAUGAUGAUGACGAAGACAACUUUUAAUAGUGUUAAUAAAAAAAGGACAAGUUAUAUAUAGAUACUAUAUAUAUAUCUGACCUCAUUAAUAUUCAUUAUAAAUUAUAAUAAUAUAUAAACAAAUAUCACCUCUUGUUUGCAUCUUGAAUAUAUUUUCAAUUAAAAGAUCCUCUAUAUAUUGUUUUGAAAUCUUACUACUUCGCCAUCUAGUGAUUUAAGAAUCUUAGAAACAAUUAACUAAUAAAGGUGUACUUCAUUUACUAGACAUAAGAACGAGUUUCUGGACAAAGACAAUCAACUGCAUGUAAUUGAGUUAUGUAACUUUGUCUGGAGGAUAUUUAUUCGCGUCUUAAUUUCAGAUUCAGUGUUUUUCGUUAAUG